AGGAGGGGAGUUCAGGGGGGCAGAGAGGCGUUCCGAAUGUGGAGCCUUGGCCCAGAGCAGGGCCGGCGCGCCCUUCCCUGCGACACGAGCUUCACAGAGGCCAUCAGCCGACGGAUGCGGGUCCCGCCCCGCCUGAGGGCCCCGGGCCCCGAGGGGGAGGCAGGAGCAGCCCCCCCAGAAGAGGCCCCGCCCCCCUCCUUCCUGAUGCACGUCCCCGAGAGGCUCUGCCUUGCGGGUAAGGGCGGGGCCAAGGAGGGAGGGAGGGAGGUUGGGGGGGAGAAGGUGGUCCCGAUCAAGCCCCAGAUCCCCCUUCUCACAAGACAUGGCCAGGAGCCCCCAGAUGGCGUAGUGGACUAAGUGACUUGAAGAUUGGGUUGCUGACCUGAAGGCUACCAGGUUCGAAUCCCACCCGGGGAGAGUGCGGAUGAGCUCCCUCUAUCAGCUCCAGCUCCAUGCGGGGACAUGAGAGAAGCCUCCCACAAGGAUGGUAAAAACAUCAAAACAUCCGGGCGUUCCCUGGGCAACGUCCUUUCAGACGGCCAAUUCUCUCACUCCAGAAGCGACUCAAGUUGCUCCUGACACCGAAAAAAAAAAAGCCAUGGCCAAACUCCAGGGAGAAAAUCACGUGAGUGUUUACUCACAGCUUGUGCAUCACAACACCCAGCAUCUCUGUAAGCUAAAGUGUGUUGUCGAAAGCUUUCAUGGUCGGAAUCACUGGGUUGCUGUGAGUUUUCCAGGCUGUAUGGCCAUGUCCCAGAAGCAUUCUCUCCUGACCUUUCGCCUGCAUCUAUGGCAGGCAUCCUCAGAGGUUGGGAGGUCUGUUGGAACAUGUUGGAAACUAUGCAACAUACAGACAAACAGACAAGCGUUCUUUCUCCCACCCUGUUCUUUCCACAGAUAUAUAAACCCCACUUGCCUGGUUUCCAACAGAACAGUCCCAGAUCUAGUCACUUGGCCUGCAGUCCCUCCCACAACCUCAAACAACAUAGAGUUCAGGAAAAACUGCAUAUCAAUAUAUGCAUGCAAUAUAGUAAGCAAUCACUGUUGGGAAUCUAUGAGCAGUUAGACUCAAAAAAAUAACCCUCUUUCGGGGGUGAUUCCUCAAAAAUACAGCAGAGUGGCAGAACCACAAUUCAUAAGCAGCAGAAAUUUACGUGUGGUGAGGUUGGAGAUGCCUUUGUUUCUUGGGAUGGCAAAGGAUUGCAAAGUCUCCUUGGGCCGGGCUGUGGCGCAGCUGGCUAGUAACUAGCUGCAAUAAAUCACUACUGACCGAGAGGUCAUGAGUUUGAAGCCUGGGUUGGGUUAAGCCCCCGACCAUUAAAUAACCCGGCUUGCUGUUGACCUAUGCAGCCCUGAAAGACAGUUGCAUCUGUAGUUGCAUCAAGUAGGGAAAUUUAGGUACGCUUUAUGCGGGAGGCUAAUUUAACUAAUUUACAACAUUAUAAAACUGCCAGCAAAACACGAGGAAAGGAAUGAGGAAGUACAGCCACUAGUGGACAGUGAAGCAACAGCUCCCCCUGUGGCCGGAAUCGUGAAGCUGGAAAAAAAUGUAUGUUGUCUGUCUGUUGGCAUUGAAUGUUUGCCAUAUAUGUGUUCAUUGUAAUCCGCCCUGAGUCCCCUUCGGGGUGAGAAGGGUGGAAUAUAAAUACUGUAACUAAAUAAAUAAAUAAAGUUCAAAAAAGCAUUUAUUGAGAUAAAAAGAAAUCCAUUGUAGAUAGAAAAGUUAUUGGAGGUAACUAGCUAUCUAAGCUAGCAUCUAAGGAUGGUAAGAAGGUAGAAAAUAACAAAAUAUCUAAAUAGCUACAUUUUGCCAAGAGAGUGGGCAAAAUGUGUCCUUCUCAGGUAGUAGACAAAGGAGCAAGAGAUAAGCCUGAUUGCAAUGUCCAAGCCUUUGGGGCAAUUAACAUUCCAAUCUAGAUAGAAGAAGUUGCCUCAUCCCUAAAAGGGUUCACAUUACUAUAACAACAAUGUAGGAAGUGGAUGUAAACAGGAAAGGAAGAGGGAAACCAGCAAAGGCCCAUCUAGGCAUGCAUAGAAUAUAUAGAAAGAGGUUUCCCUCAUUCUAACCUAUCCACUACAUAACUAAUUGAGACUUGUGUAGUCCAGGAUGAUAUCCAACAUAUGUAAACCCCACUUGCCUGGUUUCCAACAGAACAGUCCCAGAUCUAGUCACGUGGUCUGCAGUCCCUCCCACAACCUCAAACAACAUAGAGUUCAGGAAAAAACUGCAUAUCAAUAUAUGCAUGCAAUAUAGUAAGCAAUCACAAUUAUAAACAUAACAAAUAACUAGUAUAGGAGGCUUAUAGAAGGUUGCUAUUUCCAACAAGUGAAGUCCCUCUCCUUUCCAUCUUCGAGACAGAGGGCAACCUCAGCAGCCCCCCCCCCCCCCAUGUAUCACAAAGAGUGCCCACCUGAUUUAGGGAGAAGGAGCUGUGAGCUCCUGGGGCUGUAAACUGGGUAUGCACAGUUGGUGUCCCAACAGAGGGAUGAAGACUCUUCUUCCUUCUCUUUCUCUCCGUUUUUUGCAGAAAUGCUGGACGUCGUGGCUUCCAGGCCUCUCUUUGGUGCCCGGCCACAGCAGUCCUGGCGCCUGUCCGAGGUGGAGCAACUCUCGCUGGAGCCCCACACCCUGGGCUUCCUCUCCCUGCCCUGGGCCCAGAAGCGCCUGCGCCCGGGACACCGGGGGCGAAAGGAGCGGGCAGGCCCCCCCGCAGAGGUGGCUGCUGGGCCUAGGAAGGACUGUCCCCGGGAGGUGAGCCUGGUCCUGGAGGAAUUUGGCCCCACAGACAGCCUGGCCGUCCGGAAGCAGCUGAUGAACAUCUCGGGGCGUCUCCGGGUGCUGGAAGGACAGAGCCUGGGCUGGCGCCAGAAGGAACUGCUUUUCUACUCGAUCCUGGCUUCAGCCUGCCUCCUCAAUGCCUGGCUCUGGCUUCGGAGGUGAAGAUGUAGAGUCCUCCUCACCACUGCCCCCCACAGCUUGUUCCUUUAGCCCACCUGUUACCUGGAUGUCCUGGGAGAUGGCAGUUUCCAGUGGUCCUCAAAGGACGGAAGGUGGGAUGGCUAUGGUCCACAGCAGGAGGAGAAGAGAGAAUGGGACUGAGUCUGGCGGAAGAGGCUGGGAGAUGCCCAGAGGGGCAUCAGCCCAUGGGAACGGCGAUGACUGUGGAGAGCCACCCCCUGCCCCUUUGCCCCAGAGGCCCCAGUUGUGGGGGGACUGCAUGGGGGGGGGGAGGUCCUAGCUGGUCUUGUAUGAUGGAAAGAUCUUCUGAGACUGGCCAAGGAAGCCCCACUGGCAGAGGCGGCCCUAGGUAAUUUCGCCUUGUUGGCAAACCUAGUGGCCACGCCCCCCCAAAAAAAUUGCACCCCCCCCAAGGCCCUGCACAUAAUUUCAGCGGCGGUGGCAGCAGUGGCGGCCGCGGCGGGGACCAUCGGCUCCCUCCUCGCUGAACGCGGAAGUCCUCAACUGAGGCCUAGCUCUUCUCGCAAGUUCUCACAAGGACUCGCGAGACCUCAGUUGAGGCCUUCUGCAUUCGGCGAGGAGGGAGCCAAUGGUCCCCGUCGCUGCCGCAGGAGUGCCUCGAUGGCGCCCCCGGGGACAAUGCGCCACAAACGGGAGCUUACAAUGGCCUCUAUGUUGGACCGGCUCUGCCCACUGGAUGCUCAAAGAUAUUGUUGUACUCCAAGGCCGGAAAGCACCUCUGUACUUAACACCACACUCCAGUCCAAGGUGAAAUAGCAAAACAGUUUAUUGAAGAAUACAUGUGAAAAGCAAUCAGCAAAAUAGUAUAAAAACCAAAGUCUAAAUGUUAGAAAUAGUCCACAGAAUUCGAAGUACAAGAGUAGCAUCAAAAAAUCAGGAAUACAAAAACAGGAUAAAUCCCAAACAUGAGAUUCAGGAACAAUCUUUCCUGGAAGCAUGGAACAUGAGCAACAGGAAACAAGGAACUAGAAACCCCUUAACAGGCUUGACUUGGCAAGAGAUAUAUCCUCAAACACCAACAUUGACCAGACUGGCAAAAAAAAGCCUUCUGGUCUUGCUAAUAUAGACAGAAAAUCAUGCCGUCUCUCCUGGAAAACUGAUAAGGACUUUUUGGCUAACAAGUGUCUUGACAUUUGCAAACUUUUUUGAGCAGCCCUGUGUUGAUGAAACAUAAAUCUCCUAUCUAACUGCUCAUUAGACUGUGCACCUGGAAUAUCCUCUGAGCUCAUCUCUGCUUCUAACUUUGCUUCCCUAGUGAACUACUUUUCUGGAAUGGCCUUCAGACAGAGUCAGCUCAGUUUCAGGGUUUAAAAUCUCUUGCUGACUCUCCUGCUGGUCUGCAGGCCCAGAAUCCCCAGUGACAGGCUGGCUUGAAGAUCCAGAAUCUCCACUGACAUCACGUGCAGGCACAAUCAAAGGCUGAAAUACAACCGAUAUGUGUGUGUGUGUAUAUAGCAUGUCCAACUUUCCAAAUAGCCAUUGAUGUUGACACAAUGAAGGAAAGGACUCCUGCCUCACAGCGUUGGUGUGCAUUGGCAAACAGCUGGAUGGAGAACUCAUCCACAACUCCCAGGUAUCCUUAGGUAUCCAUGCGCAGCUGCAGCAUUUGCCAUUGGUAUCUGAAGAAGUCAAGGGAAAGGGGGGGCUGCCAAGACCUCUGCCCCAAUGCUGAUGUUCAGCUGGGAGCACAUGACGAACCGUGGCAUGUUCAGAUUUCUAAUAAAACACUUCUUCAUUGCAAA